UGCUGCCGAAGGGUCUGCUACAAGAAAUGAGGAAAGCACUCUCAAAACAGACAUUAAGAAAGAGGACAAAUCAACAACCAAGUCCCAAAGUGAUACUGCGACACGGCAAGAGGAACAAAAACCACCAGAGAAAAACGAUACAACGGCAGAAACAAGCACUCUAGGGAACCUAGAUGAAGUGAGCGAGGAGGAGGAGGAUUACCCUGACGACACGGCCGAGGAGGAAGAACUGAGGAAGAGGCAAGCCUCCACAAAAGAGAGGCAGUUUGCCAAAGAGCGAGAAGCCAGGAGGAGGGAGGAGAGGAGAACCAGAGAGAGAGAGGAGAGGGAGCGAAGGAGCCGGAGUAACAGCAGCAGCAGAGGAGGAGGCGGCAGUGGGGGAGGUACGAGGAGGACGAAGCAGAGGGGGAGGGGAAAUGAGGAGAGUGUGGAGGUAGAUGCCCAGGAGCUGGUGACUCUGGAUGAGGUGGGAGCAGAUGAGGCUGGAGAGGAAAGGGCGCCGGAGAGCCAAGAGUGGGACAGGGCGGUCACGGAGGGAGACAUGCAAGCACUCGUCACUCUGGAUGAGUUUGUAGAAGAGGAGGAGGAGGAGGGGAAGGUCGAGCAAAGCAUGCUGGAGACCCGCCCACUCAGCCAGGAGGACGAAUCAGUGGACUCCUUAAACCCAGAGACUUUGGUGACUUUAGAUGAAGCAGGCGGUGAUGAGGAAAAGAAGCCGGACGAAGAGCAAGCUGAGAAAACCUCAAGAUCUGUUAAACGCAAACACGAUGAUGACACAGAGGAAAGCAUGAAUUUUGUGACCGUAGACGAGGUGGGAGAGGUUGAGCUGGAUGAGGAGGAGGAAAAGAAAGUGGUAACACCCAGGACAAGAGGCCGAACCAAGAAGAGAAGCAGACAGACCCCUGUGAGAAAAUCUACCAGAGGGAAAAAAGUGGGAACAAAAGACGAGAGAGAAGAAGAAGAAAAGGAACCAGCUGAAGCUGAUGUACUGCCUCCCACGUCACUCGACGCCUCAUUGGACAAAGAUCUGUCCACGUUGUCGAGUGACGGUCAGCCAGAGAUUCAGAAGACUGAGGCAGAGGUGGAAGCAGCGGGCCGAGCCGACGUAGACGCUGCCCCUGCCGCCUCUGCUGGGCAGGAGCCUCAGCCGGAGAGCCCUAAGAACCUGGAAGGAUGUGUGGAGGCAGGAGAAGAGGAGAAGGAAGGACGGAGCAGGGUGGACAUUAAAGCUGUGAGUAAGCAGAGGAGGGAGCUCAUUGGAACUGAAGCAAAGCGAUCUCGUUCUCAGUCCCCUUGUGUCUCUGCCGACUUCAAACUGCCGGCAUUUAAACCCAACAGCCCCCUCGGUCAGAACUUCGUGGUCCCCAAAUCAGGUUUUUUCUGUAAUCUCUGCUCUGUUUUCUACCUGAACGAGAGCACCGCCAAGGACCUCCACUGCAGCAGCCAGAGACACUACGACAACCUGCAGAAACAUUACCAGAAGCUUCAACAGAAACCAUCAAGACGUUCAACACAAAUUUCUCAAGGCUCUGUUUCUGAAUGAUCCUGACUUCAACUACGGAUUUAUUUUUGUAUUGUUUUGUUAAAAAUGUGAAUACGCUGAAGGUGGACAAGAGAAACGGCUUCACGAAUCACUGCAGAGACAGCUAUUCGCCAUUAUCACCACACAAUGUUCAUAGUGGCUAAUUGAGGUCUGUAACCUUGUUCCAUGUAAAUAAAAAUUAAUUAAUUAAAAUUACUUAUAAAUCUGCCAUGAUACCUAAUAAUAAACAUUUUGGCAUGAUUUGCCCAUUGGCAACUCCCUCCAACUUCGCAGUUUUGGUGCCUUGCUCUGCCCACAGUUGCACAGUUGCAGCAUCGGUUGUAUUCUGUAAAAACAAAGAUGAACGGAGUUUCAUCAUGAAGUCGGUAAGAGUUACAUAUUAGCGUAAAACUUUGGAGCUAGGGUAGGUAUUUACCUCAGAAGCAUUUUUUGUUAUAUUUGUUGAAAUUUUUAUUGCGUCUCAACAGCAAACAGUAAAUCAAACACAAAAAUGAAACCAAUUCAGUAUCUUGUGCUGCUGCAGGACUGUAAUAAGCAACAUCUAGCUCCUUUUUUAAGAUUAAACUGUUACAGUGGGAGCUCAUUAACUGUUUUAAAAUUGUAUAAAUGAAGCUAAGAAUUUAAUGUUGCACAUGAUGUAAAAAGAUCAGAAGUGUCAACAACCACUUUAGCUUUAAUUAGCCAUGCAAGUGCAAAUUUACAGAACUGUCAGAUCCGAUGUCUCAGAACUAAACCAUGUGAGGGUGUUUUCUUAACUGCUAGACCAACACUAGCAAACAUUUAGUCUCUCGAUGACAAUAUAAAGACAUUUUGUUAUUGUUUCUAGUCUUGGAGAGAAUUUUUAUGUGAAAUAAUUUACUUGUGAAGGUUAUUAUGAAUCUACAUUAUAGGAUGUCUUUGUGUUUCUUCUUUGAAGAUGUAUCAGAAAUGCUCAUAGUUUCUACACAUGCAGGACAGGCAAAGGUAUGUUUUUAUGUGAAAACAUUUGUGUUUUGUUUUUGUUUUUUUACAUGUAAUCACACAUUAAAGGUGGGGUAAGUGAUUCUAAUCCAAUACAUGUCGAGUUGUUAGUUUCACUGUCUGGAGCUGGUGUGCUGGCUCUGGGACAGUCUUGUCCUCUCUGAGCUAACGUUAUAAUGUUUACUUGCUGUGUCGUUGUUUGCUCGAUAUUAUGGUAUUUCUCAUGGAAUUGAAUUUCUCAAGAAUCGCUUAUCCCACCUCUAAUCCAGUAAUUUAAACCUGUAGUUUUGUGGUAAAUUCAUAAAAGGUACCUGACAGUUUCCUCAUGUCUCUGUGUUGAUUGACUUGGUUUCAUUUAAGGUCACUUGUCCAAUAUGUUGACUUACUUCUGUUGUACAGUUUUUGUUCAGUUUCUAUAAAACAUCAAUUAAAGCCUGAGUGUCUCA